AUGCACCGGGCCGGGAGCGGGGCGGGAGCUGCCGCGACACAGACACCCGGGGGCUUCCGAGGGUUUGGCAGGAGGAGCUGGCGCUGCAGCGCUGUGGACAGAGGGGACUUCACAGGCGGCAUCUAUGGCACCAGCCUCCCGCUCACCAGCCUCUCCGACUCCCGCCAGAAUAUACAUACGAGUGAUCUGGAACAUGAUGUCCACCUUCCUGAAAAUAAAUACUGUCUGUCGGGAGACGAGACUGGCACAGGAGGUGUUCUUUCAAGCAAGUUGCACAAGGAUGCUUACACAACAGUAGUGGAACAACUGGCAGAUCUUAGGUUGUCAAAAAAUAGGACUAGAAGAACACAGCUCAGUCAAAAUAAUAGCAAGGAAGGGAUGUUUUGUUCCUGGAGAUAUACACACGAUCAAAGCAAUACUACUGUGAACAGAGACUCCAAUAAGCCGCUAGUGGAAACUCUUUCCAGCUCACAGGGUAAUUCUUUAAACUUCUUUACUGUUAAUCCCACAUUGAUGGGGGCCCGUCUGAACAGCUAUCACACAGUGUCUUACCGGGGACCUCAGCAGCUGCCAUUAGGAAUCCACUGGACAAAUGGAGAUGGGGAUUUUUUCAAGGCCAGAAAUGAAACCACAGUUUCUGACUCCUAUCCUGCUACAGAAAGUAGUAGUGAUGACACUGUCUAUGUCCCCCAAUGGAAUUUGAAGUUGCGAAACAGUAGUGUUGAGAACAGUCUUUUAACAGAGGAAGGUGAUGUAUCUCAGAGUGAAAAAGUGAAUGAUGUUUUGCUUAGUUAUUUCAAAUAUAUGGAUCUGAACUUAAGACCAGAAACUAUAGAAAACAUUGAAAAAGCUUCCUCCAAGCACCAAAAUGAAGUGUUUCCAUACCCUGAUUUUCUCCCGCCACCUUUCAAUAACCUGGACUUACAAAAGUUGGCCUUAUCAAAAUGGGAUGACUGGAAGGAAGUCUUUAAUCCACCACCGGAAAGCUCUGUUGUGAAAUUAAUAUCUCGUCUGUUGGAAAUUGAACGGAUGCAGCACUUGACUAUAUUAAAAGAGAAGACAAGAGUCCUGACAGUAUCUUCCAAUCUGAUGCUUGGCAAUCGACCCAGUUCCACAAAAUCCAUGCAUCAGUCGAAGCAGUCAAGACUAUCUGACCCUUUAUGUCUUCAGACACCUUUUAAUCGAGACUGUCAAGAGAAAAAUAAAUCCAACCAUUCUGGCUGCUGCACGCAGGAGUGGAACAGCUCAAAAUGCACUUGGGAGUACUGUCAUAAUUGCAAAUGGAGUGCUGGAACAUCCUCCCUUAGAAGUUCAUCCACAAAGCAGCUUAGAGCAUCUUGUGAUGCUUUUAAAAGCUCUAAGCCCCCCAUCAUUUUAAACUCUAACAUGCUCUUGCGGAGGUCUUCCUCAUGCUGUGUGGCGGCACCAAGAACUCAAUCAACUGUUAAAUUGACUUCCCCAAAGCUACUGCCACCAAGUACAACUAUAUCCAGUCCUUUCCCUGAUAAGGACAGUUUAAAAUAUAAACAGCCAAGGACGAAAAAGAAACUCUACAGAAAAAACGUAGUAACGAGUAAGACUUUUCAUUGCCAGAAGUUAAAAUCUGUAUCUGCUAUGCCAAAGCAGAAGUACACUCACACUGACAAACAGUAAUUUCUUGAAUUCAUACUUCUCAUUAUGAGUGAGUCCUGCUAAGCAAUCUUAUUUUAGCUUUAUUUUUGUCAAGUUAAAGUAUUUUUAAUGGUAUGAGACAGAAGUGAUAUGAAAUAGCACUUGUGUCAAUUGAAUCCACUUGUAUUGUAGAAAAAUCAAGUUUAAUCCCUCUGCCUGCUGACAUCCUUUACAGACCAUUUGUGUAACUUUUAAAAGAAUUGGAUCAAUAUAAGCAUACCAGCAGAUCAUCCCGUUCCAGAGUGCAACUAUAUAUUUUUUAAAUUUUUACAAAAGUAAUAUCAAUAUAGUUAUAUUACACUACCACCCAGAAAAUCCCACGCAGCAUCAGUGCUCCCCCAUGCGCUAGGUGCUGUACUAAUACAUGGGAAGAUACGGUGUCAGCCAUAGAGAAUUCACAAUCUAAGUGCAAUAUGAAGGGUGGGAAGGGAGAUCGAAAAAUACAGUUUCCAUACGUGUGUCAUUUUUUUCUGAUGCAUAGAUUAAAGACCAAUGGUCUGAUUAGACACAUGGGAAAAUACUGAAGCAAAAUGAAUGUAGUGCAUUUCUAUCAAUAUGUAAUCCCUCUUUUCCUCAAACAAGGAAAUUAAACGGAACAGCUAAAUUGAUGAAGUUUGCUGUACAUGCCUAGAAAUCAAUAAAUUCAGAAUUAUGGUUCCUAUUGCAACCAUAGUUGUCCUUGUGUAUGAGACACCUCCCCCCCACAAAACCUAUGUUAUCUGAUACUCUGGUGGCGCAGAUUGGAAAUUCUGUAGCAGUUCCAUUUAAAAUUCUAUCUUAAUUGAAGUCCAUACACUAUUCCCAAUGUUACUUAUUCAAAUAUUAAAUUUGAUGUUAUACUACCCUAACAUGUUCAUUAUGUGUCAAAGAUUUUGGUACUGACAAGUAAUUGAACUAUAGAAGUUGUCAGAGGGGUAAACUGGAGAUUUUUGGCACAUGAA